CAACCGAUUAGGCGUCAUCACUCUCGACUGCAAAUUCAUGAGUGCGCUUUUCUUCUCGGAGACGGUCCCGUCCCGUCAAGAGAGGAAAAACAGCCACCGUGACAGGCUAUGGGGACCCGUUUUUGAAGGACAAAAAAACAGAUGUCUUUUUCCAUCUGUUUGAGUUGGUGUAGAGGAGCUGGACGCCCCGACCUGAAGAACAUCGCUGUUUGUGCGGGUGCUGUUAUUAACGUUACCCAGCAACAGCCAACAUGGCUGAGGAUGACUCUGAAUGGGUUGUGGAGAGCAUCGUUGGCUACCUGGGAAGUCCCGAAUGGCUCAUUCCUGUCACGGACUUCAUGGAAAACAAAUGCACAGUUUUUGAUGACGAAGAUGAAAAUAAGUUAUCAUACACAGAAAUCCAUCUGCAGUAUAAGAAAUUGGUGGAGAAGCUGUUAGAUAAUUACAUGCAGGAGGUUGGCAUCAACGAGCAGCAGUUUCUGGAUGCAUGCACCUCUCCUUUUGCCAAGUCCAAAACUCUGCAGUCUGUGUUCCAGCCAGUUCUGGCUACAGAUGAUUUCCAGAUGUUUCGCUCACUGAUGGUCCAGAAGAACAUGGAGCUGCAGCUUCAAGCUCUCAGGGUCAUUAAAGAAAGGAACGGGGCCCUCCCAGAGUGUCUGACUGAUGGUAUGGAUGUGAUGACAGAGCUGCAGCAGCAAGAGAUGAAAAUCCUGCAGGAAGUUCUCAGAAAGUCAAAAGAGGAGUAUGAUGAGGAAAUGUCUAGGAGGCUGCUAUCAGAGGAAGAGGUUGGUUCCACCUCCAGCAGCUGCUCUGAUAAGCCAAUGGCAGAAAGCAGUGAAGCCCAGAAUACCAUCUCUGCUCCCAGCCAACAAAGCAACACUGCCAAGGCCAAAGCUGAGGGGAAUGGUGAUAACAGCAGCAGUAAUGGUCACCACGCCCCACUAGUGAACGGAAGCACUGAAUUUAAUCUGGUCAAGAGCAAACCUGUCAGAAAGGAAGAGAGCAAGACGGCUGCCGCAGGAGGUGGAGAUCAGAAAAGUGCAGCUAAGAGCAGCUCAAUGUCUAAACCCACACCAGAUUGUGGCAGUAACGGUGUGGAGUCCAGAGUCCUUCCAGCAGUGAGAGCUCCAGUAAAGUCCGGUGAACCCUUCGUCAGCCUCAGUCCGGUUACCAAGGAUCAGAGCAGCAGCAGCCAGACUGCAGCCGAGGCGAUGCUGGAGGAGGCACACAGGGAGGCUGGUUUCUCUAAGCCAUAUACUGAGUUGUCAGCAUCUCAGCAGGAGCAGCUCCAGCAGAGGGCAGCAUAUCUGCGUCAGCAGCGAGACAAGCUGCAUGCAAUGAAAAAAGAACCACAGAAAACCAAGCCAACGACCACACCAGAGGAAGCACCCACCACCACGUCGGAGGCAGUGGGGCAGUCCCAGAAGAAUGGGGCAUGUAGCCCUCCUCCUCCUCUUCCUCCUCCAGCACAACACUCUAACUCCACCAAACAGAAGGAGAUAUCUGCUGAGGAGAGGAAGAAGCUACAGAAGAGAAAACAUCUGGCCGACAAGCUGAAAGAGGAAGUAAUCAAGAAAUGACUUCCCCUCCGAAUGCAGUAUACUCAUUUAUACCUGUUUACUUUGUUAAUCAAACACAUGGCUUCCUUUAGCCAGAUAAUUCAUUUUACGUAACACUGAGUUUUUCCAAAGAAACAAAAAGUAUGAGGUCUUCCUUUCUCAGUUCUUUUCAUUGCUGUCUACAGAGGAAGUAAGUACAUCUCCUUUUAUAAUUUGGAUGUGCCAGAAUGUGGCAGUCUCCAUACAUAAGAGAGCACUCAAGUAUUCUACAGUCUGACAGUCACAUCUGUGUGGUUGAGCAAGGUCAUAAAAUGUCAGGUGAACUGAAUCACACGGACCACUCAGGCUAUACACUGCCAGUGUUACUAGACUUCCUGAUGACUUUUACCUGAUUUUUACUUAUCACUACACACACCUGGGCUAUAUCCAAAGCACUCCUGCUUUGCCCCUGAGUGCACUACAUUUACUUUAAUAACAUUUUGGAGUGCCCUCAAAAAAAUCCCACAUUGGAAAGAAAAAUAUGUUCACAGUAUGUACUUGCCACAAAUCUUACAAUGCAGUGCUUCAUCGAUAGAUGUGUAAAUGUUUAUUAUGCAACACUACAAUGGUCAGUAAUGGUGCAAAAUCAUGAUUAAUAACACAUUUUUCUGCUCACUAUAGAGUAAACUAUUGACUAUUAUGUUGGGAACAGUAACUGAAGGAGUGAUUUUGGACACAUCCCUGGGCUUGUUUCUCUGUAGACAACCGUCAAAAAGGUCAUGAUUGGGCCAUGUGGGGAAACACAGACUCAAUGUUAGGCACAUCUGGCCUGGAGUUGUAUCACUGAGUUAAGGGUUAAUGCUGGUGAAAGACUUGAUUGGGAGAGUCCUAUGUUGAGGUGAUGGCAACAUUAGCUAAGUGUACAGUCUUGUUUUCCACUGUUUUUAGCAUUCAGAAGGAAGAGUCAGCUGGUACAUUGUAUAGCUAGUAACACUGUAGCAGCUCAUCCUAGUUAAGUACCACUGUGGAACACACGGUCAUGUGUUCAUAAAAGGGCCAAGAGAACAGUAUGUUGCUUUCUACGAGGAAUGCAGUAUUUCAUGUAUGCCGUUUAAUAAAUCACAUUUUAUAGAAACAA